AUGAGGGAACUCAUCAGGCGUCCACAUAUAUCUUGCCGACUAGUCAGGAAGCAAUGCAUUGCUUUGGGUAAUUAUAAGGGACAGCAAGAAGAGAAAAAGAAAGAAGAGAAAAAGAAAGAAGAGAAAAAGAAAGAAGAGAAAAAGAAAGAAGAGAAAAAGAAAGAAGAGAAAAAGAAAGAAGAGAAAAAGAAAGAAGAGAAAAAGAAAGAAGAGAAAAAGAAAGAAGAGAAAAAGAAAGAAGAGAAAAAGAAAGAAGAGAAAAAGAAAGAAGAGAAAAAGAAAGAAGAGAAAAAGAAAGAAGAGAAAAAGAAAGAAGAGAAAAAGAAAGAAGAGAAAAAGAAAGAAGAGAAAAAGAAAGAAGAGAAAAAGAAAGAAGAGAAAAAGAAAGAAGAGAAAAAGAAAGAAGAGAAAAAGAAAGAAGAGAAAAAGAAAGAAGAGAAAAAGAAAAGAGAAAAAGAAAGAAGAGAAAAAAUAUUGCUUCUGGAGACGAGUUUGACAAAGAAGAAGAAGCAGCAGCAGCAGCAGCAGCAGCAGCAGCAGCUGCUAAAGGAUUACCAAAUACUGACCUGA